GGGCCUUCUCCGGCUGGGCGGGCGGGGUGCGCUCCAGGUAACCCGGCUGCUGCGGCGACCUCGUGCCAGCCGCCGCCGACUCCGGGUGUCCGAGCAGUCAGGCUGGUAUUUUGCUCUUCUGAGAUAAGGUCUCUCUGUGUAACUGAGGUUAGAUUAGAACCUAAUCUGUUGCUCAAGAUGUCCUGGAACCCGCGGCCAUGCUGCUUUCCCAGCUUCCAACUUUACAGACGUUACUCCUAGCGCUGUACUAGUCUUGGGAGUCUGUUUUAUUAUUCUUUUUUUGACUGGUUCUCUCGUAGUCCAGGUUUGCCUCGAACUCCCAUUGCUUUCACCUACCAUGUACUGGAAUUACAGUGAGCCACCAUGCCUGGCUUGAGUAUCUUUUUAUUGCACAACCUUUAAAGGAAUAAACUUUUCAAAAUAUGUUUACGUAUUGGAGGAGGGGCGUGCUGUGGCAGGGAUGUGGACGUCAGGAUAAGUUGCGUCAGACAGUUCUUGCCUUCCACCAUAAAGAAGAUUAUAAAUGCCAGAGCCGUUUAACCGAUGUUGAAUUCUGACACUUCCUGUGCCAGCCUGUUCAUUGGGAAAAAUUCAGAAAAAAACAAAUAGACGUGUAUAUCUACAUUGGCUAUGGCUAUACCAAUAACCGUGCUUGACUGUGAUCUCUUGCUGUAUGGCCGAGGUCACCGGACCUUGGACCGUUUUAAACUGGAUGAUGUGACUGAUGAAUAUUUGAUGUCCACGUAUGGAUUUCCACGGCAAUUCAUUUACUACUUAGUGGAACUCUUGGGGGCGAGUCUUUCUCGACCUACUCAGCGAUCUAGGGCUAUUAGCCCAGAAACUCAGAUCCUGGCAGCAUUGGGCUUCUAUACCUCGGGCUCCUUCCAGACUCGCAUGGGAGAUGCAAUUGGAAUUAGUCAAGCCUCCAUGAGCCGAUGUGUUACCAAUGUCACUGAGGCCCUCGUGGGCAGGGCCUCACAGUUUAUUCACUUUCCAGCGGAUGAGGCCGCCAUUCAAUCUCUGAAGGAUGAAUUCUGUGGACUGGCAGGGAUGCCAGGAGUCAUAGGGGUGGUUGACUGUAUCCACGUAGCAAUCAAGGCACCAAAUGCUGAAGAUCUCUCUUAUGUGAACCGCAAGGGUCUGCAUUCUUUGAACUGUCUGGUGGUGUGUGACAUCAGAGGGGCACUAAUGGCUGUGGAGACGCACUGGCCAGGUGGCCUCCAGGACUGUUCCGUGCUGCAGCAGUCUGCUCUAAGUACUCAGUUUGAAGCUGGGAUGCAUAAAGAUAGCUGGCUUCUCGGCGACAGUUCCUUCUUUCUCCACACCUGGCUCAUGACUCCACUUCGUGUUGCUGAAACCCCAGCAGAGUAUCGCUAUAACAGGGCCCAUUCUGCAACUCACAGUGUGAUUGAGAAGACUUUGCGAGCCCUCUGCUCUAGGUUCCGAUGCCUGGAUGGAUCGAAGGGAGCCCUGCAGUACUCGCCGGAGAAAUCCAGCCACAUCAUCUUGGCUUGUUGUGUCCUUCAUAACAUUUCCCUGGAACACGGGAUGGAUGUUUGGUCCUCUCCAAUGACUGGACCCAUUGAACAGUCACCUGAGGGCGAGUAUGAGCAAAUGGAGUCCCUGGAUUUAGAGGCUGACCGAAUCCGGCAGGAACUAAUGCUCACUCACUUCAGUUAGUGUGGAAGGUGGAAGAAGGAGACUUUCCAGAAUGAACUAUGAAAACUUUCUCCUUACCAGCCCAUCACCAGGUUCUGUCAUCCAGUGUGACUGAAUGUGCACACUUGUCAGAAAUUAACAUUUAAUGUUUCAGAAGGGCAGGAGGUGGGGGAAGGCAUGCCAGCAAAUGUGUCAGUCAACCAGACCGAAACAAGACAUUGUCCCCUGAUGUGCAGUGAAGCCCGUGCUGUUCACCACUCUUUACUGUUCUCUGGCCGCAACUGUACAACCGCAGUAAAGGAGAACAGCACAUAACCACAGCAUUUUGUUCUGGAGAUCUCAAAUGAAAACAACGUUUUUCCUGA